UUCGCGUCACGUGACGAGAUGCCCACCGUCUAGCAACUGCUAACAGUUAGCGUCGGACGCGAGUAGCAGCGGUUUUUAUCGGCAGCAACCCGCGUCGUCGCCGUCCCGGUUCCACUGCGGUCCGGUCCAACCCGUAACCAUGUCGGCGGUGCAACGAAUGAAGGUAGCGAACGAGCGGCACAGCAAAACCAUCACGCAGCGGGGACACGUCCAGAAAACCUCGCGGCCGGUGAACGAGGAAAAAUCUCCGGUGGGUCCGUGGUUACUGGCGCUUUUCGUCUUCGUUGUUUGUGGAUCAGCCAUCUUCCAGAUCAUCCAGAGUAUCAGACAGGGCAUGUGAUGACCCAAAGCUGAGCUGGUCUGAGAUGUUCGGACCUUGUUGACAUAUUGGACACACUGUUCUCCUUUUAAUUAUUGUUUAGUUUGUUUUCAUUGUUGAUCAGAUAUUGUUGUUUCUGUUUUUCUUUUUUUACACAAACACACAAAGCAUGUGAAUGACACAUCCCACGAUGCUUUGCUUUGUCGAUGAUCAAAGCGUGUGAAAUAAAGGCGAUAUUUUUCUCUA